CCCUCCUUCUGUCUCCCUCACACCCUCCUCCUGUCUCCCUCACACCCUCCUCCUGUCUCCCUCACACCCUCCUGUCUCCCUCACACCCUCCGGUCUCCCUCACACCCUCAUCUUGUCUCGCUCACACCAGGCUGUUCGAUUACCCUCCUGCUGACUCCAUCACACUUUCAUACUGUCCUCUGUCGUCCUCAUUCUGUUCCAUUACCCUCCAUUUGUCUGGCCCUCGUGUUAGCAUAAAAUGUGAAAUAAAUUUAUAUCCGAAAAUACUGACAAGGUGAUACGUACUGUAUAUUGCAACAACCAAAAAGAACAAACUGUAUAAUUGGAUGAUAGCGUGAAACUCUUAAGGAUAUUUUGUUAUUUCAUAUUGGAUUUUUCUUUUGAAAUCAGGGAAAACUAAUCCUGUUGGGGUCACAGCACCUGGCAAAUGGGAUGCAUUCAUGUUGGAUUCGGUGAAAGGGAGGAUAAGUUCAGUUUCUUGAAGGAAAAGCUCCUCACUGAAAUAUGUCCUAAGUUUCAAAUGAGAUUAGACCCACCAUAGGGUGGGUAGUCAUGGAAGAAUUCUCAGUGUUGCAUUUGUAAGGCCAUCCUAGAAAGAUUUCUGUCCUGUGUCUUUAAAGUGAUGUGAUCUAAGUGAAUUUUCAAUCAGAAAAAUUUGUUAUGGUAGUGAUCAGUGUUGCUUUAAACAGUGUAAACUAUAUUGUAAGAGAAGCUGUUAUAUGUGUAUGUGGCGAGAAAAUACAAUAUGAAGUUCAGCCCAAAACAUAAAUAUGUUUUCUUUCCACAAGCCUAAGGUGUACAGAUCUACAACAGGCUGUUGCAUCUGUAAAGCUAAGUCCAGCAGCUCACGAUUCACAGACUCAAAAAAGUAUGAAGAUGAUUUUGUUGACUGUUUCAACUUGAAAGAAAGAAGGUCUGGGGAGAUUUGCAAUGCAUGUGUACUUCUAGUGAAGCGUUGGAAGAAACUGCCAAAAGGAACAGAUCGCAACUGGCAUCAUGUUGUGGAUGCAAGAGCUGGGCCAGGUACCAAAUCUCUCACAAAAUUUAAGAGUAAGAAGUUAAAAAAGAAUCUAGGAAAUCCAGAUAAACCACUUAAAGAGAAGAUAAAAAAGAAACAUAGAUACAUUCGAAAAGUAGGGAGGGAGGCUUCCCCUGGAGCCCUGAGUGAUGAUAUUGCUAUUGGUGAUGAAAGACUAAGUGAGGGCUCAGGUCCUUCUGUUCCUGGCUCUUUGGCACCUUCCCCUUACCCUUCUCCGUACCCUUCUGAAGAUGACGCUGAUUCACAAGAUCGCACUCUAGUCUCAGGGGUUGGUAAGAGGAAGAAGGCAACUCCAACACAGUAUCAACUAAGCAGUUUUGUUGAUUUGUCUUACUGGAAGCAAGAAAAAGUGUGUUGUGGCUUAAUUUUCCGAGGGGACUGUGGUGAAGUACUCAUAGAUCCACGAUUCUUCCACCCAUGCUCCUGUCGAAUGAAAGCUCUUGAAUUGUCUCCAACACCAACUCCUGCCUCAACACCACUUGUUUCCUCGGGAGCAUCUGAUGGUGGUAGUAACUAUGAUGAUGAGAUUUUAGAAAUGAUGUCAGAAGCAAAUAUGAAUGAGGAUGAAGAUUACCAAGAUUCUGAUUCCUUAGAUGAUCGUCUUGAUGAAGCUUACUACUCAUCUGCUGCUCUUUCUCCCUCAGGCCCGCUCAUGACGCAUUUAUCACCGGGACUUGCAAGUUAACUAUAGUGUUAAUUAGUGGGCAAAAUUAAUGACUAACUACCUAUUUAAUUAUUGGUAGAUAUGUACCUUUUUAAUUAUUUAGAGAUGACAAAAAUU